AUGGGGUGGAGGAAUCCUCUAUCCAAGCCUCCAAACCACAGCUGGUGGUCGCUGCGAGAGGCCCCUCAGUGCCCACUCUGUCCUACCCAACGAGCUCAUGAGCUGAUCGAUAAGACUCCCUGUAGAGUUUUCAGGUGCCCUUGCCACCACUGCAAAGAGGAAAGGGAAGCGUUCAAAGAGUUUGCCCAGGAAAAAAAGCUCCCCAAAAUGCCUGGAUGCAAGGAGCGGUCCCGGCAGCAUCCGCUUCUCUCUUUGUCUUCUCCACCAAGCACCUCCCGGCAGCACAACCCCGGGAGGAGGAGGAGGCGCCUGCGGGGGCUGCCCAGCCGCGGGGGGGCGGGUGCUGGGGAUCUGGGACUGGAAGGAACAUUCCUCAAUGAAGUGCUCUACAAAAAUGCGACUUUCCUCAAUUUGGUGGAUCCCAUCUCCCAUGACCUGCUGAUGAGCCUUGCUAGAGAUCUGCAGUGUCCAAAAAAGGAAUAUGAUCCCUGGAAAUCCUCGGACAGGAUCUGCAGGCAGCUGAUUUACCACCUAACUCCCCACUCAAAGUGGCACCGGCACGGCAUGCCCCGGCGGAAGUCCCAAGUGUGCCUGAAGACCAGCCUGCAGAAGAAGGUGAGCCAGGACUCCAUGGAUUUGUCAGGGAUCCCCCUGACCAUGCGGGAUGUCCACCGCAUGGCCUACUACCUGCAGAACAAUGGGGACCACCUCACCUCUGUGGACCUGAGCUUCACCGAGCUGAAUGACGACAUGGUGCGCCUGCUGCUGCCCUUCCUCUGGGCACUACCCAAGCUGACUCACCUUUCCCUCAAUGGCAACCGACUGACACGGGCUACCAUGAAGGAGCUGACUGACACCAUGAAAGACAUGAACAAGUUCCCUUGCCUGGCCUGGGUUGACCUCGGCAACAAUGUGGACGUCUCCUCCAUGCCACAGCCAUUGCUUGUGGGCCUGCGCAAGCGCCUCAGCCAGCAGACCACACUGCCUACCAUCUAUGAGGCGCUCGACUGCGACUCGGAGAUCUCCAGCGGGCACGAGGGCAGCCAGCCAGAGGACGAAGCAGCAGGAAGCACCCCACCACGUGCUUUCUCUCAGCAGGGCUGCGAGAGGUGACUGGACAACAGGCUGGCACUGGCACACUGAAGCCACCCCAAGGAGAAGUCUCGAGUACAAACAUCAAGCAGAGGGCCAGCUUUACCGGCUUCCUUUGGCUCUUUUCUCUCGCCUUCCUUACAUCUCCCCCCCACUUGCUGUGAGACAAAAGCCUGUCGUCCCCCCACAACGUGCUCCACUCCCUCCCCUCACUGCCAAACCCAUCGCCCACGUUCCAGAGAGAAACCAGUGACUUACAGUGAACCUGGUCCCCAGGCAGGGUCUCACUGGAA